AUGCCAAGAGGCGCAUUCCUUUAUUCUGCACAUGACCCUACGCUUCAAAAAGCGUGGUCGACUUGUGGAGCGGAAAUGAAUUGGGGUUCUUACUUCGCACUUGCUAUGUUACCGUUCCUGGUGCGUUUCGUGCAGAGCAUCAGACGUUACAAGGAUUCAAAGUUACCUACUCAUCUCAUCAACGCCGGCAAGUACGGGAUGGGUAUAGUGUACUACUUCUGUUAUUACCUUUGGAGACGCGACGGAGAAUCUGACGACGGUGCUUCUUUCGUUAUUUGGUGUUUGUCGGCAGUUGUCUAUUCACUAUAUGGGUGUGCAUGGGACUUCGCGAUGGAUUGGUCUAUCUGCAAACCCCGCGCUAAAUACCCCCUCCUCAGGCGAGACUUGGUGUACACAUCACAGAUUCCGCUGUACUAUGUUGCUCUGGUCAUGAAUCUUGUCAUUCGUUUUCUCUGGGUCUUCUACAUACCCAGUUGGUCAUACUUCAAUCUCCGAUCAUUCCUAUGCAGCCUAAUGGAGAUGCUAAGAAGGGUUGUGUGGAAUUUCUACCGUCUCGAGAAUGAGCAUCUUGGUAAUAUGGAUCAAUACCGAAUUACGCGCGAGUGUCCAUUACCAUAUUCGUUCGACAAUCCUCAGCAGGAGGACGAGGAGGACGAGGAGGAUAAAGCUUAG